AUGAGUCUAAGUUCUCGACGGCUCGGUAGCUUGUCUCCUAAAAUGGGGGCAAUCCGACAAAAGUUACAGUUUUCUGCGAGCGAUGGAGAAGAUGAUCCGGUGGAAGACUGGAACAGCAGCACAGGGGCUGAGUCUGGAUUCACAGAAAUGGACUCUCCUCUUCAACUGCGACGAAAUAUGACGGGGAAGAGUAACGAUUCUGGGAGCAGUCCAUUGAACCAAACCGGAGAGGACGACAGUGUCGAAUUCUGGGACGAGGAAGGAUUUCUGACCCCGUCCCCUGUGAAACAACCGAGUCUUUUCUCGAGGGGAUCACCGUCUCCAAGGAAAAGCCCUCGGAAUUCUGACCACACUUCACUGGAGAGAGUGUACCGCCGGGAAGACCGAGAAGGUUCGAGUUCUCCCGUUCCCGAUUGUCCGGACACACCACCCCAUAAAACAUUGAGAAAGCUUCGACUCUUUGAUACACCGCACACACCAAAGAGUUUGCUGUCCAAAGCCAGGACAGCUGCUGUGGAGUCCACCAGCAGGAGAAUAGCCCUCUUCAAGAAUGUGGAUUCCUCAGGAAAACCUAACACGGACUACAAGAGGAAAGAAACCCCGCUGGUCAACAUCAACCCUUUCACCCCGGACUCGUUACUUAUCCAUUCCGCAACUCAAAAAAUCAGUAGGAAGCGAACUCUUUGGGAUGACUCCUGCGGGGAGGAUAUGGAAGCCAGUGAUGCUGAUCUUCAGGAGGAAAUCAUUCCCCCAUCGAAGAGGGCAACGAUGAUGGAAAGUAACAUGACGUCCAGGUAUGCCUCUGAGUUCCAUGAGCUGGAGAAAAUCGGCUCGGGCGAGUUUGGGUCUGUGUUCAAGUGCGUGAAAAGGCUUGACGGCUGUGUCUACGCUGUCAAACGCUCCAAGAAGCCCCUGGCAGGAUCUGUGGAUGAGCAGAAUGCGCUUCGGGAGGUUUACGCCCAUGCAGUGCUGGGACAGCACCCCCACGUGGUCAGGUACUAUUCUGCCUGGGCAGAAGAUGACCACAUGCUGAUACAGAAUGAGUACUGCAAUGGCGGCACGCUCUCUGACAUCAUUGCAGAGAACUACAGAAGCAUGCGCUUCCCGUCAGAACUGGAGCUGAAGGACCUGCUCCUGCAGGUGGCCAGAGGCCUCCGGUACAUCCACUCCAUGUGCCUGGUGCAUAUGGACAUCAAGCCAAGCAACAUCUUCAUAUCUCGAAAUUCUGCUGCUUGUGUGGAUGAGUGUGAGGAGGAUGAAGUCCUGGCCACCAGUGUAGUGUAUAAAAUCGGUGAUCUUGGACAUGUGACCAGGGUGAGCGAUCCUCAGGUGGAAGAGGGUGAUAGCAGGUUUUUGGCUAAUGAGGUCCUCCAAGAGGACUACAGAGACCUCACAAAAGCAGAUAUCUUCGCCCUGGCACUGACAGUGAUCAGUGCGUCUGGGGCUGAACCAAUGCCCUCCAAUGGCGACAAGUGGCAUGACAUCCGGCAGGGAAGGCUACCACCCAUUCCACAAGUUCUCUCUGAGGAGUUCCUAAGCUUGCUGAUGCUGAUGAUUCACCCAGACUCUGAGAGGAGGCCGUCCGCCUCCAGCCUGAUUAAGCACCCUGUCCUGCUCACAGCCUCCAAGAUGAGUGCUAAUCAGCUGCGACAGGAACUCACCGCCGAGAAGUUCAAAAAUGCCCUGCUACAGAAGGAGCUGAGGAAGGCUCAGAUGGCCAAGGAAGUGGCGGAGGAGAAGGUUUUGCACACAGACGGGGUGCUGACACGCUCCACCCUUCAGUCCAGCAGCAGGACAUCUCGGCUCAUAGGCAAGAAGAUGAACCGCUCUGUCAGCCUGACCAUUUACUGACCGAAGCACACAGCAACACCCCUGGGCAGGGAAACGCACAAACUCAAAAGCCCUCGACCUGGAAGACUCCUCAAACUGCAGCAUCCAACUGCUUGGAGAUUUUGGUAUUUCUUGUACGGUUGGGUACUUGUUUUUUUAUAUAAUAUGUAUAAAAACAAAAUUGAAGCUUGCCCUGCAACCACAGACAUGCACGCAUGUCACAGUGAAGAUGUUGUGCUGUCUCUCUGCGCCUGAAAGCUCCUGAAACAGCUGUGUUGCUCUCUAAUGUAGUACUUUUGUUCAGCAGCAUGUCUCUAUUCUGGGAAUAAAGGACAGCAGCUAUCUGCACCUUAACAGCCAAUAAAAUACCUGAGGUCAGGUAACAACACUGGGUCAUUGGGUAAGUUUUAAUUGAGCACUUUGAAGGCAGUGUUUUAGCUUGCCAGGAAAAAUAUCUGCUGCUAUGAUUGUUUUGUUUGUAAUUGAAGCUGGUGUUGGUGGAUUGUAACUUUUAAUAUAAGUAUUUUUAAAUCCUUUUAAUAAGUUGCUCCCUAAUCCACACACAUCUGUGUUGUCCAUUUGGUUUAAUAUCAUUUUUCAUCACUAUGGUAUAAUUUUAUGCAUUUUUUUAAAUGUACAUUUGAAAAAUGUAUUCAUUUUGAUUUGAACAUGGUUUGCUCUCAGAUGAUGGAAAAUUAAGUUGACAAAAAGGAAUCAUGGAAUGUGAUGAAAACUGUUUGUGUUCAUCCUUCCAACUGGAAUUACGGAAUAUUUUACCUCCUUCGGAAAAGUUACGUCAAUACUUCUGGCCGGAAGUAAAAAUAAAUAAAUAAAAUUGAAUAAAUAAAAUAAAAUCGAAAUCUCCAACGCUGCCUGUAGCAUUAAGGGAAAUCCAUAGUUUCAGUCCAAUUUCUAUGUACAAUAUAUUUCUGGUAUUUGAAUAAUGGAUCCUGUGCUGGUUGUGCACUGCCAGUGCAUCGGCUACUUUAAAGCUUUUUGUUUGUUCUCAUUGUGUUGUCAGUUAUCUUCACACUUGUUUUGUGUUAUUCUAGCUUGUGCAUGUUCUUUUUUUUGUAAUAAAUUGAAAAUGAACUCAUUACUUGUUUAA